AUGUUUGAACUCUGCCAUGUCGGUCGCGUGGAGCUGUACCUGAUCCAACCGCAAGAACUGGCACAAGUAAGAGAGAAGCAGAAGCAAGAGGUGAAUAUGGAUGAUAUUCUGGGCUCCAACAUCAACGCCGAGGUCAUCGCAAACGGUGAGGAACACGAAGAACAAAGGUUUGCUCAAGGACACAAUACCAUGAAAUGGAAUGAUGGAAAGGCAGGAACCAACGAGGAGGAUGAGGACAAACCGAAACCACUGGCUGCAUUCGAUGUAGGUUGA